AUGGCCACCCCAGCCGCCUUGCCUCCGCUGCCGUUCAACCCUUCGAGGGUACGAUCAUACAUACUCCGCCUACCUCUAUUCACGCGACUAGUGCUUCUGGCGGUGCUUGUGUUCUGGCUGCUCGAGCUGCAGACCAUUUGGAGUGUGGUACAAUGGGGUUCUUUGACCCCCGAUGAGAUUGGUUUUGGCAGCAUGUAUCGGUUGAACACAUAUCCGUUCAUUCACAUGGGAUUCUUCCACGCUUUCCUGAACUUGCUCGCGCUUACGCCGUUGUUGGAGCGUUUCGAAGCCGAGCAUGGUACAUUGACGGCUGUUGCUUUGUUUAUUGGGCCUCUUUCCACAUUCCCUGCUGGUCUGUACCUACUGGUUGAGAAGGUCCUCCUGCAUAGGAACACUGCCGUUGUUGGCGCCAGUGUCUGGGUCUUCCUCCUUCUCGGCUCCGAAGCCAUCAGGACUUUCAAAUCCAACCCCUACUUCAGUCUCGGUACUUCGAGAAUCCCGACUUGGACUUCGCCCCUGGUGGCAUGCUUUGUUGUCGCGAUUCUCGUGCCAAACACGAGCUUCCUUGGCCACUUGUGCGCCAUUGUUGUCGGGUAUUUGCUUGGUCUCGGUUACCUCAAGGUCUUUGUUCCGCCCGAGAAAGUUCUGCGAUGGAUCGAAGGAAAACUGAACCUCCUCGGACGACUGCCGCAUUACGUGUCUGUGGACCAGAAGACGUAUGGACGCUACGGUGUUCUGCCCAUGACCAGCGCCGGGGGUGAGCGACCUACGCCCUUGAGCUAUCUGGGAUCGAAUCAGCGCCUGGGAUCCUCGGAUAACACUGCAAUCCGCAAAUUGCGGAGUAAUCCUCGAUUCCUCUUCGUGCGCCUUCCGUAUCUCCUCUCGUUUCUCUGCAUCGUCGCAGGCAUUGUCUGGCUUCUACUCCUGCCCCUCAAUGAUUACUCCCGCCGAACCUACAUAUCCGAAAACGCGCUUCUCCCCGGUCAAGUCCAUGCCUACUUUUCGGGCAGUGAGCAGCAUAUCUUUCGCGGGUACAAAAAGGAAUUAGAAGGGCUGUUUCCCGAAGGCUAUCAGAGCGAGGGUCAAGAUAAAUCGGAUGUUGAAUUGACUCCUGCGAUAUCCGAAAAGAUACAGUCGAUUCUACGAGCCGCUGGACUGAAAGUAGCGACGCAGAAUUACGAAUACACUUCCUCGGGGAUCACGCACCAAGGGCAGAAUGCCUAUGCAAUCAUCCAUGCGCCGCGCGGGGAUGCGACAGAGGCAAUUGUUUUGGUUGCGGCCUGGAAAACUGUGGAUGGAGAGUUGAACCUCAAUGGUGUUACGCUGGCACUGACGCUGGCACGGUAUUUCAAACGAUGGUCUUUGUGGUCCAAGGAUAUUAUAUUCGUGAUUACGCCUGAUAGUAAGACAGGGACGCAGGCCUGGAUCGACGCCUACCACGAUAUGCAACCGUCAUCUGUCCAGCCUCUUCCGUUGAAGAGCGGUGCGUUGCAAGGAGGCCUGGUUAUCGAGUAUCCUUUCGAUCAUCGCUUCGAGUCGUUGCACAUUGUCUACGAUGGCGUCAACGGUCAACUGCCCAACUUAGAUCUUUUCAACACUGCGGUGUCCAUUGCCGGAGGUCAGAUGGGAAUUGGAUCCAGUUUACAGGAGAUGUGGAAUCACAAUGAUAGCUACGAGAGACGCCUCGAGACUAUCAUGAGAGGCAUGAUCAAGCAAGGGUUUGGGUACGCCACGGGAGCCCAUAGUAGCUUUAUGCCGUACCAUAUCGACGCGAUCACUCUACAGACCAAAGGUGACGGCUGGCAGGAUGAAAUGGCGUUGGGUCGAACCGUGGAGAGUCUCUGCCGCAGCUUGAACAAUUUGCUGGAGCACUUGCAUCAGAGUUUCUUCUUUUACCUUCUGAUGCACACCAACCGUUUCGUCAGCAUCGGUACAUAUCUCCCCAGUGCGAUGCUGGUUGCCGGCAACUUUACCAUCAUGGCGAUCACCUUGUGGCUGCGGACUGGGUACUAUCGGGCUGCUCAGGAGGCAUCCUCCAAGACCGCUCCUUCGCAAGAUGAGAAAUCCAAGGACAAACCAGCCAAGGCUCAAGAAACUCCCAAUGCAGACAACGGCGCGCCGGAAAAGAAGCCUAGCUCAGAUGGUGACAUCGAGCGUCACCUCGCCCUUCCCCUGACUUUCGUUGUCAGCCUUCACUUGCUUGGAUUGGUUCCUCUCUACAUCUUCAACAACCUCUCCUACAAGUACUUCACUACCGCAACCUACACCUGCAUCGCAGCCGACAUCAUCCUCCCCGUCGCCCUUGCAACGCUCCUCACCCAAAACUCCAAGUCCUCCAACCCCCAACAACACCAUCUCAUCAAGUCCUUCUCCCUCCUCCUUCUUGGCCUUUUCCUCUCCACCCUCGCCACCCUCAACUUCUCUCUCUCCUUCAUGGUCGGCCUCCUCUGCACCCCGCUCAGCUUCAUCACCCGCGUCAGUCCCCGCGUCAACGCUCCCCUCCGCUACGCUCUGUCUACCAUCGGGCUCCUCAUCCUCAACGCCCUGUCGCCCCCGGUCGUGGUUCUGGCUGCUUGCUGGUACACGGGGGUUUCGGUCGAGACGGUCUUGACGCAGGCUGCCUUUGGAUGGGAUGUCUGGGGCAUGUGGACGCAGGUGGUGGUUUGGUGUGUCUGGUGGCCUGCCUGGGUGAUUGGUUGUGCAUUGCUAGGUUCUUCGUUCUUUUGA